UUUGAUAAUAUUUAUUAAUUUCUUUCAUUUAAAUUCACGCGUAAAAUAUCAGACACACAGUCAAGUCUUAUUCAUACACAAAAAAUAGAAAAAAAUUCAUAGAAAGAACAGUGAGGAGGUGUAAGGGAGUGAAAUGAUGGGAAGAAGACGUGCACGUUUUUUAAAUCCCGCGUAAUAUGAUAAAGAUCGUAAAAAUUCUCUUCCCAUCCGAUCGGAGGAAGCUCCCGAAAAAUAGCAGCACGUCAACAGGUGAAGAAUUGUAAGGACGAUGCACAGGACUCUUUCGCGAGCAAAGUAUCCCAAAGUUCUCAAGCAAGCAGCAGUAUGAGUUACUGCGAGAGUUGCACGCUAGCUGGGAUGGCCAUUAUUCAAGCGAUAAAUGAAAUCGAACAGGUCUUCGGCAAGAACAAAUUAGUUUCCGUCGCCGCCAUUGAAAAGUACGAAUGCAAGAAUGACAUUUACGAGAGAACUCAAUGGGCCGUGAUGAGCAGACUGUCGAGGGGGAUAGGACGAGACGUCGGGACGGCGCUUAGCAUGGUGAAGGAGACGAAUCUGAGAACACAGGCCGUCAAACGAGAUCACGAUCAGGCGAUUCGAGAGCUACGGAUAAGCAUGAUGGCGCAGGAGGAACGAGCAGAAGCUCUGCAAGCUGAAAACUUGAAACUGAAAGACUCGCUCCAGAACGCGAGAGGAAAACUUACGGAGCUAGAAAGUAGCAAUGCUGAUUCAAAAGAAGAAAAGGAGACGCUGGAAGGAGCACUGAAUGAUACUCGAAGCCGGUUGUCGACGCUAGCCGGGGAAAAUAACGUUUUGCAAAGUCAGACGGUUGCCCUGGCCGAGAGCAAAUUGGAGCUGGAGAAAACCGUGAUCGGACUCCGAAAGGAAAUUGUCGUCGCCCGUGAUGCGUAUCUCGAGACAGAACGACGCUACCAAGCACUUCUAGACGAAUCGAGAAAGGAAAACGAUUCGUUAAAAAACGAGUACGAGGAAAAAGUCGAGCAACUUCAUCAAGAGAUCGCAUCUCUGCGUGCACAGAUAAUCAAUAAAAAAGAAAAGAAAAAGACAAAGAUCGCCGAAGACAAUGGUCCUGUAAAGGAGAAUCAAGACGGAACUGUUUUAAAGCCUGAAGACGAUCCUGUGGCAGACAUGACACAGCAACUGAUUUCGAACCGCGAAAAGAUCGAAUUGCUCUCACGACAGAACGAGCGGCUGUCAAAAACACUGUGUCGACUGCGAGAGUAUCGACAAACCACGGCAACCGGCUCUAAUAAAUGACUUACUCCGUCCUUACUACUUAAUUGCUAUGUCCUGUUAUUGAGUUUUUAACUUUUCAGUCCCUAAUAAAUCAUGCUUAUAUGAGUAUUUACGUAUAAUAGUCUUUAUUAAAUGAUGCUAAGAAUAUUAUUUACUAUGAAAACUUUUUGUGAAGAAUUUAAGACCAUUUCCAAUUAUCAAUCAUUCCGUAAUUGACUUUUGGAAAAACAUAAUCAGUUGAAUUAAUUGAAUAUAGGAAAAGUGAUACGAUCAUUCCUUGUCAGAUCAUAACGAAGUGUUCCUCAAUUUUAUUCGGUAAUUAGCCAUCAUAACAAUAUAAUUAUUUCACGCAAAUUAUAAUAAAUUUAUCGCUUCAAUGUUAAUAUUGGAUCAUUCUCUAAUGCAUACAGAUAUGUACUCAUGUGUACUCAUGUUUUGAAUUAUCACUAAGGCUCUUGUCGAUCCUCGGUCUGUUCAGGACGACAAAAACGGUGUAAAUUGAUAGAUUGAAUCACAGAAAAAAAUUAAGAAAUGCUAGUGUCUGAAUUCAUUUAUUUCUUAUUAUUAGAAAACGUCUCUACUAUUGCUACAACUAAAUGAACGAAUGCCUAAAUUAUUUCACCCGCAAAAGCAAGUCAGUCCAA